UAAACUCAUUCUCUUUCGGUUUAGUUAAACAAAUAUUGUCGACAAAAGCGGUUGACUACGAUACUCGAAUUGUCUAUCAGUGUGAACUAUUCAACAAAAGAGGAAAGAUGUGCAAGUGUCUAGCCGGAAACGUAGCCUGCUGCUGCUUCAACUGUGCGCUCAGUGUACUUAUUUCCAUAAUCAGUACUUUUCUGGUGGUCAUCAUUGUGGUCGGAUUGGCCGUAUACUUUAUCUACUACUACGAAAAGGAGGAUGAUGUUACCAAGUUCGCAAAUGGGGUGUCCGAUACCGUCAGCUCGAGUUUUGACAAAAUCAAGGAUACACUAAGCAAACAUACUUAACUUUGAUAAAUUAACAUCCAAAAAUGUUCCAAGCUUUGCAUGAUUCCAUUGAUCCAGAUUAAUUGCCACCAAUUUACACAAACAAAUACCGCCGGAGCCUUUUGAAUGGAGGAUAAUUGUUAAAUAUUUUAAAUACCAGUACAAAUAAAUAUUACAACACCCUCUUAUUAUUAUUGUGAAUCUCCAACGAACAGAAUGUUUCAUCGCAAAACGAUUUUAUAAUUAAAUAUUUAUGAUGUUUGAAUACAAAA